GACUUUGCGGGAGAAGCGCUUGUGGGAGCCCCUGGUAAAGCCCAGGCAGUGCCUCUGCAGCCUGGCUGCUGCUGGUGCUGCUGGUGGCGAGGCCGCCCACGCCAGCAUGGCUCUCUACAACAACGGGGCCGACGUGCCUUCGCCCCAGGAAGCCUCCAAUGGCUUCUCGCAGCCCAGCGCCUCGGGUACGUGGCACAAGGGCGAGGAGGAGGUGCGGCUGGUGGAGCCCAGCCUGGUGAAGAAGGCUCACCGGGAAAUCCUGGACCACGAGCGCAAGCGGCGGGUGGAGCUGAAGUGCAUGGAGCUGCAGGAGAUGAUGGAGGAGCAGGGGUACUCCGAAGAGGAGAUUCGGCAGAAAGUGGGGACCUUUCGGCAAAUGCUGAUGGAGAAGGAAGGCGUGCUCACCAGGGAGGACCAGCACGGGCGCCAAAUCGUGAUAGAGAACCAUCAUGGGGCAGAUGGGGAGGAGUACCUGGUGGAGUACCCUGACUAUGGCGAGGGCUGCCUGCUGCAGUGUGACUGCUCGGCCGAGUGCUACCAUGAGGACAGUGGCCACUGCGAGGACAGGCUGAAAAGACGCUCAAGCAGCUCCACCUCUCCUCCGCCCAAGAAGAAAAAGAAAAAGAAAUCGGGUCACCGUCGGAGCCGCAAAAAGAGGAAACCCGGCUCGGAGCGCAGCUGUGACAGCUCUUCACCCAUCCGCAAGGAGAAGAAAAAGAAGACUGGAAAGAAACACAGACGCGACAGGUCUGAGUCGGGGUCACGGAAGAAGAGAAGACACAG